AUGUUCUAACUUAAGAUGAUAAAUCCCAUUAGGUACAAAGAGCAUUUCAAGAAAAUACCGGAAUUGAACAAAACACUGCAGGAUCAAUUUCUGCGCCAAUACAAUCUCAUGGAGAUGAGUCUGGACCCUGCUGAUACGUGGUUCGACAUCGAGAUGAGUUCAAAAUUACAGAAUACAGAAGACGCAGGAGACCUACUCAUAAAUUGGAAGGAACGAGGAUACGGCACUAUUCUCGACAUACUAAUGAAAAAAUUUCCAAACCCGGAGGAGGAGUUACCUGUGUUAAACAAAACGAUGCUCAACGUGGAAGUAACGAAAGUCGAUUACUCAAACGAAGACGGAACCGUGAAAGUGAUCACGAACGACGGAAAGGAGCACACAGCCGAUCACGUUAUCAUGACAAGACUCGGAUGGAUUUUAUUUUUAUAUUAA